UCCUUGCAUUUUGCAGAGCAUACUUGAGCGAAUAAGAUCGCAAUUGCCACCAACGAGUGUUUAAUAUUCGACCGUUUUUGUAAAAGCAGACGUUGGAUGUUGUGAAGAAAGAUGGCAGAUUAAGUUUCAUUUAUUUCAAAACGUAGUUAGUGGACUGUUCUUUAUCGCCCAUACGAGCCAUGGAACAAAGAGGACGCAAAUCACGGACCCCGCGACAAUUUUGGUUUGCCUUGAUGGUUGUUUUGGAUAUUUUAUGGAGAGGAGCUACAGCACAGAUCAGAUAUUCAAUAUCUGAGGAGGUUCAAGAUGGAACCGUGGUCGGGAAUAUAGCGAAGGAUUUGGGGCUCGAUAAGAGUGCACUCAAAGACAGAGGGUAUCGCAUUGUAACAGGCUCAACUGAGCCCCUGUUUCAAGUUAAUCAAAAUGAUGGAAUAUUGUAUGUUAAAAAAAGAAUAGAUAGGGAGGAGGUGUGCGACCGGACCAGCCCGUGUUUGAUCAACCUAAAAACUGUGCUAGAAAACCCGCUGGAGAUCCACUACGUGGCGGUGGAAAUACUAGAUAUAAAUGACCACUCGCCUGUUUUUACGGAGAAAGAGAAACGGCUUGAGAUCUCUGAGUCGGCUUUACCAGGGGCGAGAUUUCAACUACAGGCUGCGCGUGACCCCGACGUUGGCCAGUUAUCCAUUCAGCAAUAUCGACUCAGCCUUAACGAGCAUUUUAGAUUAGAAGUGAAGGAUAGAGGCGAAGACCUUAAAGUUCCAUUUUUAGUCCUGCAGAAACAGCUAGAUAGAGAAACAGCCGGGAAACACAAACUGCGUCUUACAGCAGUGGAUGGAGGAAAACCUGCGAAAUCUGGCGCUAUAGAAAUUACUGUGGAUGUGCUUGAUGUUAAUGACAACUCCCCUGUGUUUACAAAAGAGUUGUAUUCUGCAACACUAAAAGAAAAUGUUUCCGUUGACACUGUAGUCAUUCAGUUAAAUGCAACAGAUCUGGACCAGAGUGCAAAUAGCGAAAUAAUAUAUUCAUUUGGUAACGAAGUUGAUGCAAAAUUAAAGGAUAUCUUUAAAAUAGACGCAAACACUGGUGAAAUUAAAGUCAUCGGUAAGAUAGACUUCGAGAAAAGUAAAAGUUAUGAAAUUGACAUUCAAGCGUCCGAUAAAGGACCAGUUCCUCUAACAACUGACAAAAGUGUUAUGAUAACAGUUAUUGAUGUUAACGAUAAUGCACCUGAGAUAGAAGUAACAUCAUUUUCUAGCACUAUCAAGGAGGAUUCAAAGAAGGGAACUACUGUAGCCCUGAUUAGUGUUCGGGAUUUAGACUCUGGAAUCAAUGGAAAAGUCAUUUGCACCAUCAAAGAGGAUGUUCCUUUUACUUUAUCUCCAUCGUUACAGGAAAACAUGUACGCUGUUGUAACCAGGUCUCAACUGGAUAGGGAAAUGGUUGCCCACUUUGAAUUUACAAUUAUCGCUAAAGACACAGGUGAUCCGUCCUAUUCAACUGAAAAGACCAUGAAUGUCGUAGUAUCAGAUGUAAAUGACAACAAUCCAGAGUUUUUAACAAGCCCCUAUGUAUUUUAUAUCACAGAGAAUAACAGUCCCGGAGCCUCAGUAUUUUCAGUUAGAGCUUCUGAUCGUGAUGAAAGCGAUAACGCUGUCAUUUCAUAUCAUAUUCUCAGAGAUGGCAGAGAAGCAAAUACAUUGACCUCAUUUCUAAACAUCAACUCUGAAACUGGAGAUAUUUCGGCGCUAAAAAGCUUUGACUUUGAGACUCUGAAAACGUUCCAGUUCCAAGUUGUUGCCACAGAUUCUGGAACUCCGUCACUAAGCAGCAACGUCACAGUGCACGUGUUCAUUCUGGAUCAGAACGACAACGCUCCAGUCAUCCUGUAUCCGGUCAGCUCUAACGGUUCUGCUGAAGGUGUGGAGGAGAUUCCCCGCAAUGUGAACGCAGGACACUUGGUGACUAAAGUCAGAGCCUAUGACGCUGAUAUAGGAUAUAACGGCUGGUUACUGUUCUCACUGCAGGAAGUUACUGCCCACAGUCUCUUUGGUUUGGACCGCUAUACAGGACAGAUCAGAACACUUCGCUCAUUCACAGAGACAGACGAGGCUGAGCAUAAACUGCUCAUACUGGUGAAAGACAAUGGCAACGUGUCCCUGUCAGCAACAGCUACUGUGGUUGUUAAACUUGUGGAGCCCAGAGAGGCUUUUGCUGCUGCUGAUGUUAAAAGUGCAACAAAGGAUGAUGAGGAUAAUAAUGUGACUUUUUACCUGAUGAUAACUUUGGGCUCAGUCUCAACACUUUUUCUCAUCAGUAUCAUCGUGCUGAUUGCAAUGCAGUGCUCUAAGUCCACAGACUAUACUUCUAAAUAUCUACAAGAGACUAACUAUGAUGGGACACUGUGUCACAGCAUCCAGUACAGAUCUGGAGACAAGCGCUACAUGUUAGUUGGACCCAGAAUGAGUAUAGGAUCUACUAUAGUCCCGGGCAGCCAUGCCAACACACUGGUGCUCCCUGACAGGAGGGGGACAUCUACAGAGGUAAGACAAAUGCAUAUUCAAAAUCCCUUACCUUUCUUACUGUCAUGGCAAUAUGAAUACUUACAUUCAAACAGGUUGAUGUCAAAUAAUUGGUGCAUCUUGUCUUACAUUAAAAUGUAA